AUGCCGCCCUCGGUCUUUGACACGCACUGCGACGGGCCCGGCCUGCUGCCCACGACGGUGCCGUGGUCGCGUCUCUACUCGACCUACCGGCGUUUCUGCUGCGACGUGCACAGCGACAUCCCCAUCCCCACUCCCUCCUCUGCGCCGGGGCACGACCUGCGCGGCAAGACGGUCAUCAUCUCCGGUUCCAACAGCGGCAUCGGCAAGGAGGCCGCGCUCCACUUCCUCGAGUGCGGCGCCACCGUCAUCCUCGCCUGCCGCCUCACGGCUACGCACGAACAGCACCCGGAAGAGACGCGCAGCGAGCUCCUAACCCGCACGGGCGCCGACGCGGACAGGGUAGAGGUGUGGGAGGUCGACUGCUCCAGCCUCGCUAGCGUGCGCGCCUUUGGACAGCGGUGGCACGACUCCGGCCGCACCUGCGACAUCCUCGUCAACAACGCCGGCCUCAGCCCCGGAAAGAGGAUCAUCACCGACGAAGGCUUCGAACUCACCCAGGCCGUCAACUUCCUCUCGCACACCCUCAUCACCUUUUACGUCCUCCCCAGCAUGCGCUACUCGGCCGCGCCCCGCAUCGUCAACACCUGCUCCUGCUUCCACGCAGGCGGCCAGCUCGACUUUGCCAACUUCAACAACGAGAAGCACACGCCCGGAGGCCAGAGCGGUGUCCAGUGGUACUGCGACACCAAGCUGCGCCUGCUCAUGUGGACCGUCGAGCUGCAGGAGCGCCUGUCGCGCAGCGACGACUACCGCCACGUCAUCGCCCACGGCGUCCACCCGGGCUUUGUCGGGAGCAACAUCUGGAACAACCCCAACUUCCAGCUGACGCCGCUCGUCACGCCGCUGCUGCGCCGCCUCAUUUCGCGCUUCAGCAUCACGCCGCGCCAGGGCGCCUUUGUCCUCAUCCACGCCGCCCUCUGCCCGGACCUCGGCCUGCCCAACUCGGACUCGUCGACCGCCUCGCCCCUCGACGACGCCAAGCACGCGGGCGCCAACGGCGGCGAUGUGGCCAAUGGCGGCAAGAGGGAGAAGGCCAAGCAGCCCUCGCCCGGCCUCAGCGCCAAGUUCGGCGGCAAGUACGUCAACCGCAACAUUGUCGAUAUCCGACGGCCCGAGUGCGACGACAUCCUCGCACGCAGCCGCCUCUGGCAGCGCGUCCUCGAAGACACAAAGGCCGAGCAGCUCGGCCUCGCAAAGGACCUGCCCGGCCACCUGCCCGAGAUCCUCGCCUUCAAGUGA